AUGGAGCAGAAGAGAUCAGCAAAAUCUCGAAGCAGAAGUCCAUAUUCAUCAAGGCACUCACGGUCUCGUAGCAGACACAGAUUGUCUCGAUCCAGAAGUCGUCAUUCAAGUAUUUCUCCUAGUACACUGACUCUGAAGAGUAGUCUGGCUGCUGAGCUGAACAAAAACAAAAAAGCAAGAGCUGCUGAGGCAGCCAAAGCCAGUGCAAAAGCUUCCAAUACUUCAACACCUACUAAGGGAACCACUGACACUGCUGUAAGUGCACCUCAAGUGAACAAUGUAAAGGACCUGAAAAAAAUAAAAACUGAGCAUACACCUUCUCCUACAAGCAGCACGAAUUUGAAAAAUGAUAAAGCAAAAGCAAAGGUCUCACUUCCCGAAACAAAAGGGGAAAAUAAUUUAAUUGCAGACAAAAUUACUAAACAGAAACCUACAGUAGUAAAAGAGAAUAAAGUAACUGUUGUAAAACAGCCACCGGUCACUGUAAAAGAGAAGAGCAAACCGAGUACACCAAGUGUAGUGACCAAGGAGAAGGAUCGGAUUGUUGCACUACCAACCUCCACGCUGCCACCCUUGCCUUUGCCUCCCACGCUGCCUGAAGAUAAAGAAACUGAUAGUUUGCGAGAGAAUCUUUCGGUGAAAUCAGUUAAAGAAGCAGAGAAGAAACUUCGCCACCUGCUUGCAGACUUGCCACUUCCACCUGAGUUGCCUGGAGGAGCUGACUUGUCCAAAAGUCCUGAAGAAAAGAAACCAGCAGUUCAGUUACACAGCAAGAGAAGACCAAAAAUAUGUGGACCACGACAUGGUGAGACGAAAGAAAAAGAAAUAGACUGGGGAAAGCGCUGUGUGGAUAAAUUUGAUAUCAUUGGCAUUAUUGGUGAAGGCACUUACGGGCAAGUUUACAAAGCCAGAGAUAAAGACACAGGGGAAAUGGUGGCACUAAAGAAAGUACGUCUGGAUAACGAAAAGGAGGGGUUUCCAAUUACAGCUAUUCGGGAGAUUAAGAUUCUUCGACAGCUUAAUCACCAAAGCAUUAUCAACAUGAAGGAAAUAGUGACAGAUAAGGAAGAUGCUUUGGACUUCAAGAAGGACAAAGGUGCAUUUUACCUGGUAUUUGAAUACAUGGACCAUGACUUGAUGGGACUGCUGGAAUCUGGUUUGGUUCAUUUUAAUGAAAAUCAUAUUAAAUCUUUUAUGAGACAGCUGAUGGAGGGCUUGGCCUAUUGCCACAAGAAGAACUUUUUGCACAGAGAUAUCAAAUGUUCAAAUAUUCUACUAAAUAAUAGAGGGCAGAUAAAGCUUGCAGAUUUUGGGCUUGCUCGGCUGUACAACUCUGAAGAAAGCCGACCAUAUACCAAUAAAGUUAUUACAUUAUGGUAUCGACCUCCUGAACUUCUGCUUGGAGAAGAAAGAUACACACCAGCUAUCGAUGUCUGGAGCUGUGGCUGCAUCCUGGGUGAACUUUUUACAAAAAAGCCAAUAUUCCAAGCAAAUCAAGAACUUGCUCAACUGGAACUUAUAAGCCGAAUUUGCGGGAGUCCUUGUCCAGCAGUGUGGCCUGAUGUUAUAAAAUUAGCUUAUUUCAACACAAUGAAACCAAAGAAGCAGUAUCGUCGAAAACUGAGAGAAGAGUUUGCUUUCAUCCCACCAGCUGCAUUAGAUUUAUUCGAUUAUAUGCUUGCUCUGGAUCCCAGCAAGCGCUGCACAGCCGAACAAGCUCUUCAGUGCGAGUUUCUGCGAGAUGUGGAACCAUCUAAAAUGCCUCCUCCAGACCUUCCGUUGUGGCAGGAUUGCCAUGAGCUGUGGAGUAAGAAACGCAGAAGACAGAAGCAGAUGGGCAUGACUGAUGACUCAACAGCAACUAAAGUCCCUAGGAAGGAUCUUUCUCUAGGCAUGGAUGAGAGCAGAACCAACACCCCACAAGGCAUGCAAACUUCUUCCCAACUCAAAACUCAGGGCAACUCUAGUGUAGCACUUGCAAAAACAAGCACUGGACAGCAGUUAAACCAGAAUGAAGUGGCAAUCCUGCUAAACCUGCUACAGUCUAAAACAAGUGUUAGUUUGGCACAGUUUGCCCAAGUGUUGAAUAUUAAGGUAAACCCAGAGACUCAGCAGCAACUAAAUAAAAUAAAUCUUCCUGCUGGAAUUUUGUCAGCAGGUGAAAAACAGUCAGAACAGCAGCAGCAGCAGCCGCCGCCGCCUCCGCCACCACUGCCGGAACAGGAGCCUCUAAAACAGCCGACGGUCACGCAGCCUCCUGUACCACCUGCUCAGCUGAGUCAGCCUAAAGUUGAGACUGAUGCUGCCCAGGCAGCUGUGCAGAGUCAAGAGGAUUUGGUCAGGCAGUCCGAGAUGAGGCUUCUAAACCGAACACCCGAACAAGAACGCCCUCGGAUCUUGCCUCCAGACCAGCGUCCCCCAGAGCCACCAGAGCCUCCACCUCUCACUGAUGAAGACCUUGAUUAUCGGACAGAGAACCAGCAUUUGCCUAUAACUAACUCUUCAGGAACAGAUCCUCACGCAGGAGUGAAGGCAGCUCUUCUGCAGCUGCUUGCUCAGCAUCAAGCUCAGGCGACAACGGAGGAGCCAGUACAAACAAGCGUGGAUUACCAGGCUAGAGACUCCUACAUAACAGGCCCAGACUACAAGGAUAACUUUGGAUCAUCUUCCUUCUCAUCUGCCCAUUAUGGCAGUAGCGAUGGAAUAGGAAGCGGAUCAUCAGGAGCAUUAGAAAGGAGGAGCUUCCUUGGAAACUCGGAUAUUCAGUCUUUGGAUAACUACAGUACUGCUUCAUCUCACUCUGGUGGUGCCCCUCCUCCGUCGGCCUUUUCAGAAUCCUUUCCCAGCUCAGUAACUGGUUAUGGAGACAUUUACCUCAACACUGGCCCCAUGCUAUUUAGUGGAGAUAAAGACCAUAGGUUUGAAUACAGCCACGGCCCGAUCCCGGUUCUGGGGAGCAGCAGUGACGCUUCCGCAGGGCCAGAGAGUACGCACUCUUUGCCCACAAAGAUGCACAACUAUAGCUACGGAAUUGAAAAUCCUGGUUCGUAUAUGGCUAACUACCACAUUGCAGAGCAUGGAGAAACUCACUUCGCUAACUACGUAGUGUUUGAGGAUCUGGCAAAAGAGCGUCAUGCUGCUUACGAUGUCCCUGUACCACAGCCCUUUCUAAUAGGCAAUACUGGGAUCGCUUUUCACAGCGUGGCUUCGAUUCCGCUUCAACUAUUCCUCUGUGGGUAUUUUGGACGUACUAUUGAUAGGGAAGCUUUUGGAUGUUGGAAACCACCGUGA